UUUUUUACCUUUUCUUUUUUUCUCCUGAGCUGAAGAUUAAGCUUGCCUUGCUCUGAGAAGCAAGAGCUUCACCACUGUACUAACCUCCAGUCCUGCAAUGCUGCAUAAUGGGAAUUGGGACAGAGAAGGGAAGAGAGCUGCUGUCAAGGACAGCAGCUUCCCCCUGGGAUGCAUGGGCAGACUAAACAGAGGAAGAGCAGUGCUGGAGCAGGGACAGUUCAGGGCCCUUGAAAAACUAGUAGGGAGACUGUUACUGUUAGAUCAAGGCCUGGACAGGUCUAGGGUGCAGCAUGGCUUGAAGGACCAGGAUGGGUUGAGAGUGGUGAUUUCUGAUUUGAAUAGCAUACAGCCUGCCCAUCAGAUGAAUGUAGCUGGAGAGUGAGGAAAGUGCACGUGUCCUGCUCAGAGUGCUCACCUCCCCCACACUUCUUCCUGGAAGCCACUGAUCCAGCAAGGGGGUACAUGGCAGCCAAGAAAUAGGAAUUGGCUCUGGAUGACAAAGGAGUUCCUUGGGUGAGCAUGAAGGAACUUCAGGUAGAUGUGAAAACAGAGCCCAAGAGUUGGUAGGUGGGGCAGGGAAGGUGAGGAGAUUGCUUGCUCUUGCUGAGGAACCCAGUGAAGGUUCCAGUUCCCUUCUGGGUAAGACUUCUGAAAUGGCUUGGUUCGCUGUGACUCAGUUGCUUGCAGGUGGCUUAAGGGAAUGCUUGCCAUGCCCUGGGCUAGCCAAGACCUCACCAUAUGGAGCAUUUCAGCUGUUUGAGUGGCCACAGUGCAGCAGUUGGCUCCUUCCCUUUGUUUCUUGAAUGACUCAAGACCAAAAACAGGAUGUGGAGGAGUCUCUGGAGCUGCCAGGGAGGAAGCUCCAAGGCUUACGAGAGGAUAUGCGAUUUGAGGACACACUUUGCACACAUUUCUAUGGAGAGAGUGAGAGUAAGAUUGGAUGCUUUCAAGACAACUGGUGUGGAGGGUGAGGGGAGGUAGUGGCCAGCACCAGGAAACAGAACUUACACAGGGGGAACAUUUGUCUUAGGGUACCGUGGGAAGCCACCUGGAUGACGUGGCUAUCACACAGGAAAGUUAGUAGAUACUGUGUAAGAUGAGAAAACAGUGAACGAGCAUCGCAUGUGUGAGUUAGGAUAUGUUAGUAAUUGUCAGGACUGAGCUUAGAUGGCGGGAAGCAGGUGCAGGCAGGGACUGAUAGCUUUCUCAUGUCACCUGGAAGCUGAACUUAUGAAAUAAGCACUUGAGUCAGAUUGAGAGCAGGUAAUUUUCAGUGUUGAGCUUACAUUUCAGCUGCUGUGCAGUGAUGUUCAGAUCUCUGUGGUGACAGCCUUUGGCUGAUAUCUAGGGUAUAUAACCAGCAUCGGAAUAGAAUAGUUCUUUCUCCAAAACUGGAAUCAGUUUUCAUAAAUGUUUCAUAAAUGCUGUGUGCGUGCGUGCGCACGUGCAGUGCCCACUGAAUCUUGGGGCAUUGGGUCCCCUGAAGCUAGAUAUGCGGGCAGAUGCGAGGGUGCUGGGAACAAGCGCGAGUGCUGGAUGAGCAGUACUCAUUCAUCUCUCGGAGCCAUCUCCAGCGCCUUGACACACACUACAUUCUGACGCAGUGUGAGGGUGUGUAAGGGCAGUGGACCUGCUCUGGGAGCAUUUGGUAGUUAGAAGUGACACCACUGGUGCCCAGUGAGAAGUCAGAGUGAGCACUGGACACCAUGCACCACCUGGGCAGUUUCCCCCACACCCUCUGCUGACCAAAAUGUCAGCAGUACUGAGGUGAAGAGGCUCAGUUUUAAGUAAGCACAUUGCCUUCUACUUUCUGUGAAAGAACUGAGUAGCAGUGCUGGGGGAAGGUUCCGUGACUGGUAUGACUGUUGCUGUUAGGUACUGUUUAUCCUUUGGUGAAUGAGCCAUGCCAGUGUAGCCUGACUUCUCUUCAUAGUUGUCUGAGUUGAAAUCCAUUCUGUUGUAUCCCGUUUGGCUGCAUCUUUUGUGUAGAUAAUCCAGGCGCAUGGCGGCACUGUGGACCCCACAUUCACAAGCCGAUGCACACACCUUCUCUGCGAAAGCCAAGUCAGCAGUAUGUAUGCACAGGCGCUACGGGAGAGGAAGCGGUGUGUCACUGCACACUGGCUCAACACAGUCCUGAAGAAGAAGAAACUGGUGCCGCCCCAUCGAGCCCUGCAUUUCCCUGUGGCAUUUCCACCCGGGGGCAAACCCUGUUCACAGCAUAUUAUCUCUGUGACUGGAUUUGUUGACAAUGACAGAGAUGACCUGAAGUUAAUGACAUACCUGGCAGGUGCCAAGUAUACGGGGUACCUGUGCCGUAGCAACACUGUCCUCAUCUGUAAAGAACCAAGUGGUUUGAAGUACGAGAAGGCCAAAGAAUGGCGGAUCCCGUGUGUGAAUGCACAGUGGCUGGGGG